GUCUUUGUGAAGCCCGUUACUUUUCCACGCUCCGGAGGCUAUGUUGUUACCAUUGAUCUCAUGGUGCGAGCUAAUCAGGGGUCUAGAUACGGGGAACCUAUUUGUGUACAAAAGAGCUUUGUCAUCAAUGUCCAAAACGGAAGAAAGAAGGAAGCAGGAAAGCCCUCGGCCAAUUCAGUUAAUGUCUCAAUUCCAAUGUCUUCUGGAGUUUCCAAAGAAGUGGACUUGGGCCGCUCUGUGUCCUUUUCUACACUUCCGGAAUUCCCUGAUUUGGACGAUGAGCCCAAUCCCAUGUACAUUGUGAAUAUGCAUCCAGACUUUGUGGAGGAAUCUGGUGCAAAAGUUGAGCAAGGUGCAGGUCCAGGAACAGAAAAGGGAGAUGAAUCUGGUCAAGCUGCAAGGAAGGAGGAGGGUUCUUCUGGUGCUUCGCGGAUGUUCCGUGCACGGUUGCAAGUUAACCAGGGCGGUGAAAACACACCCAUGUACGCUGGAGAAUGCACCUCUUUGACCUUUGCCUUCUCUCAUUAUGUUAAUGACACCCCUUUGAUGGACCUGGACCCUUACAUUGGUGAGGCACUGCAUUUGGUGAUUGUUAAAGAUGACUUGGCAGAGGUUCAACAUAUUCAUGGAAUGUUUGUGGAACGAGGCCAAGUGAUAGGUGGCGAUGGAGACAGCAGCAGCAGCAGCAGCAGCGUCGACGAUGCAGGCGAUGUGGGCGAUGUGAACGAGGAAGAGGUGGCAGAAGCCACUGGAAGUCCAACGGUUGAGGAGCCACCAUCUCCUGCCAAUGGUAUCUUGUUUAUUGGGAGUGAUGGCGGAGGACAGACUUUGCCUUCUGAAGGUCAAUUGAUUGACAUAAGCGAUACAUCGGAAAGGGAGAAUGGAAAAGGAAAUGAAUUGAAUGAUGGGGCCGUUAUGGAUCUCUGUCACCAGAACACAGGCAUGAUGUCAGGAGGGAAGACGGAGGGAGUAGAUAUGUCUCUACUGGGCCCGGACAUUGUUGCGUAUGUUAGGAUUAAGAAACCAGGCAGGUAUGCAGUCUUUGCGGAAGGAAGGCGGAAAAGACAAGUGCUUCUUGUUAGGUUUCUGUUAGAGGUCCAACCAUUUACAGUUGUGGUCGGUAUGGAACCGGAGGUCCCAGUCGUCAAUGAAACAGCGAGGAUCACAAUCGCAGUGGAAGAUCGCGAGGGAAACACCCUAGGGAGCAAAGGCAGCAGUGCCAGGAGCCUGAAGGGAGGAGUCAUGCGAAACUUUGAACUAUUCUUUAUCAGCGAUGAUUUCGAUGUCCUGCAGAGGGCUGAUUUGCAAGGUAAGGACAACUAGGAUUCAGAUCUUCAUUAUGCUGAACAAUGAUGGACAACCUAAACCCUAAGGAAACU